CUAGGCUCUGAAGAUCUGACCUCUGGGCCGUUCUUGCCUACAAACUCUUCGUCCUGCUUGCACAAGACAUCGUCGGACCACCAGUUUGAACAAAUAUAUCAGAUUACACGGAGACAUAGAGCAAGACACACUUUUAAAAACAGAACAAGUCAAAUCCCAAAUGUGCCCGCGAACCUUGAGGUGAAUUCAGCUGUGAAGUCAUACCCCGGCCCUGAAUCUGCUACCCCGCAACCAGUGAGGUGAGUUCAAUCACGGCUUUCACGGAAACCAUGAUGAGUGAUGAUCUAUUUUGCUGAAGGUACGGUAUGCGUAACCCUUAUAAGCGGUCUCGGAGCCUGUUUCUGACUACCAGUGACGUAUAAAAGGAACCGCAUUAUUGUGUUGGGACGUCCUUUCUCCCCAUAGAUACAAAACUUUGACCAUACAACGCACAUCAUGUCCAAAGGACUUUUAGCCAUCCCCAGUGAUAUCAUUAUCCUGGUAAUGUACUUCCUCAAUGCCAAGGAUCUUGCGGCACUGGAGUGCACAUGCAGAGAACUCUUCCACCUUGUUGAAGAAUACGGUUGGACGAUCAAUCUGAAAUCGCAUCCAAGACCUGCUUUCAGUCUGCGAAAGACAUUCAAACUAUGGUCUACCAAAGAGCAAGUCCGUUAUAGUACAAUUACUGAUCAUAAUUGGGACAAUGCCGAAUUCAUAGCGCGACCCCUCUCAAACAGAUGGGCCGGUAAACUCCAGCCCAUACUCGCUAUCAACUCUUCCCGUUUGUUACUGGCUGCUGGGAACAAAAUAUACUCCUACAGCUUCAUCCCUUCCCCUUCUGCGCGGGCACCUUCGGUGCAUUUGGAAUGCAUAUAUUCCACAAGUAACGUCGUCCACCCCAAUCUGGAUAUAACCAGUAUCGUCUGCAUUCCGGAUGACGGCUUGGACCGCACGGUCUAUGUCGGCUACGCCAAUGGUAUAUUGGAACGUCUGGUGCUACCGUCUGUACGGGAUGGUCAUGACGGAUCAGUGCCAGUGGAGUCUUUGUUAAAAGAAACUUUCAACUUUCACGCAGACGAUCUCAUAGAGAGUCUUUCCGCCUCUUCCACGCACCUCCUCACUCUCUCGGCUUCGGGGAAUGCUGUUUACUUCCCACUCGCGUCCCCACAUCCGGAACCAGAAUUUCUACAUCUGAAUACGCGCAGUUGGUCCGCCCAUCUGUCCACACGAUCAUCGUCUCCUUACGCAGCGUUUGGGAUGUCCUCCAUGAAUCCAUUGGUAGUUCAUGAUAUACUACCAUCAGGCCUGUCCCCAACGCCAUCUACAUUUCUCGCUCCAUUCAUUGAUACAGGACGUCCAUCCGCGGUAUACGCCAUCGACGAAGCUCCACCUGCUGCCCCUUGGGGUGCAUCUGACCAGGUUCUCGUAUCUGGAUGGUACAACGGUGUCGUAAACGUGUACGACUUACGCGCACCUACCCGACCGUUCUCGCAGACUUUAGGCCCGCCAUCACUUCGUCCUUCGCUCCAUUUCGAAGACCCAUGGUCCGACGAACCUAUCUACUCGCUUUCUUGUGGUGGGGGAUCGGGUGCUCAUAUAGCAGCAGGUUCGGCACGUCAUAGUGUCGUAGCUUUCUUCGACGUUCGUGCUCCUGCGAAAGGUUGGAGUGUUCACGCACCUGGAAACGACUCAAGUCCGGUCUAUUCGGUCAUUGUCGACGGUUCCCGUGUGUUUGGUGCCAAUCAAAGUCGUGGUUUUGUUUUCGACUUUGGACCAGGCGUACAGGAGGAUACAUAUCCUGCGGUUAGCGAGUCCUUACCUACAACAAGGCCUGGAAGAGGGCAGCGGCAGCCCUUUGGGAAUCUUUUGAAAAGGUCGACAAAGCAUCCGGCUGGUUUCUACGUCACUAAGUAUGGCCAUAGUCGUGAAAGAGGAUGGUAGCGGUAGGCUGGUAGCUUAUAUGCUCCCAUGGUCAUGAGCUGGAUGAGAUGUAGGUAUAUAAGAGGGAAUAACAUUAUAGGAGUAAUGGGAAAGGAUUACAUCAUGAGCGGUAGAGAACGAUGCACGGUAUCGGGAAGAUAGUACAAACAGAUAGACAGCAAUAAAUGAUGAAUGGUAUGUAUAGACAGAUGCAGAUUGUCCAAAAGAGAUAAAAGAGGAUAGGAGAUUAGGGAAACAUAGGAAACUGGAGACCUCGAAUACAAGUUGAGCUGGGUAGAAAGUCGAAGGGGUGAGACGACGAGAACUAGACGCGACAAAGCAAGAAAUAUCGCGGUACCAUAAGACGAGAUAAGAAAGAUAUACGAAGUUAGAAAUGAGUAAAGUGUAUGACCACGAAAAUUGUAUCAGGUCAUAAAGCGGAAACGGGGG